CGAUAACCACAGGUUAUGAAGAUGAAGAUAUCGAUGUGCGAUAACUAUUGAUUUUUCGUAUACAGCAGUUAGGAAAAACGAUUCAAAGCCGAAAAAUGGGUGCCGCUUUCUUUCCCGUGCUGUUUUUCACCGCCUUGUGGGGCGGUGUGGGCAUCGCCAUGCCCAUAAUGACACCCAAAGGACCUCACCAGAAUCUCAUCCGAUGCAUCCUGAUGCUAACCGCCGCGUGCUGCUGGCUCUUUUGGCUAUGUUGCUACAUGGCCCAAAUGAAUCCCUUGAUCGGGCCCAAACUGAAGCGCGAUGUGGUGGCCAUGAUUGGAAGGUCCUGGAACAACCCAAUUGUGGCUGGUUAGGAAAAUAGAAUGACUGCUAACUAAAUUAUUCCGCAAUAAUCUCCAAUUUAGCUGUUUGUAUUACGUUGUAAAUAAGAAGUGAAAAUAUCAUAAUAAUGUGUUCUGUUAAAAUAUCAGGUAUCCAAUAAUAUAUUCACUGUUUAGAUUGCGUUGUACAUCAACUAGUACAUCUGCAGAAAAUAAUUAUUGUUUCAAACCAAAUAUUCUUUCUACCAAAAUAAAUUGUAAAAAUGAGAAUUUGAAAAGGUCUAAUAAAUUGAAUAAUUUAAA